GGAGUCCGGGCAGCGUCCAUCGGAGGCAAGCGGCCGGACUGGAGGCGCGCCGGAGGUCGGGCGGCGGAGCCCCGGAGGAGGCUGAGGUGGAAUUGAAGGAAGACAAGGGGCUCCAGCUGCCGAUGGACCUCUUGCAACAGAGCAUUCUCAGUCUGCUUCCUCUCAAGUGCCUGCAGCAUUUUGCAUCCAUGAGUGCGACAACUUUGUAAGGAUGAAGCUUCAUCAUCUCCUGCUGGUAGCAGUGUGGCUCUGUAUCAGUGACCUCAGCAGUGCCUCUGAGCGCUGUGAUGACUGGGGGGUGGACACCAUGAAACACAAGCCGGUCUACAAUGGUGAGCUAGCCAAAAUCCGAUGCCCGCUCUUCGAGGCAUUUGUGAAAUACAACUACAGCACUGCUCACUCGUCUGGGCUCACCCUCAUCUGGUAUUGGAUUGGCCGAGGGCAGGACCUGGAGGAGCCCAUCAACUUCCGUCUUCCCGAUAACCACAUCAGCAAGGAGAAAGAUACCCUCUGGUUCCGCCCGGCUCUAUUCAACGACACAGGGAACUAUACCUGCAUGCUCAGGAACACCAGCUACUGCAGUAAAGUUGCUUUUCCCCUGGAGGUGGUUAACAAAGACCCUGGAUCCUGCGUCAGCCAAGCUGUGAAGCCAGAAGAAGUCCUCAUGUAUUUGAGCUACACCAACAUCAACCUCACUUGCCCAGAUGUGGAAGGGUUUUAUCCAGCCCACAUCAAGCCAAAGUUCCACUGGUACAAAGCCCCAUCUCAUCCACGCUCCACUUUCCCUGGAAACUCAUCUUCUGAACCGUUCUGCACACUGGUGGAUAAAUUUCACGAGCGGAAAGCCUAUGGCAUCAACCUCACCUUUUUCAUUGUCCGGCAGACCUAUUAUGGAGACUACACCUGCAUUGCAACCUACAGAGAGAAUGGCCGGGAUUUCAAUCUCACCAGAACAUUCAGGGUGAAGGUGGUAGCCCCUCCAUCCAGUUCAACGGCUCCACAAAUAACCACUCCGAACAACUAUGUUGUCUAUGAAUACAAGCCAGGAGCAGACAUCAUUCUCCACUGUGAAGUCAUUUUUACAUUCCUGAAGGACUCCCCGCAGGAGGUCUGGUGGACAAUAGAUGGAAAGAACACAGAUGAAAUCACAGAACUCAAGUUCAACAUCUCCCAGAGGGAGGCCCCCUUAGACAUUGGAAGUGUGUUGGUUGUAAAGACGUUGUUUGUAUCAAAGGUUACAGAGAAAGAUCUGAAGCGCAACUAUACCUGUUUUGCUCAUAACAAUAAUGGGACUACUCACAUGCAAGCGUGGGUGAGGAUGAAAGUUCCAGUCCCAAGGUACACUGUGGAGCUGGCAUGUGGCUUGGGGGCCACCAUCCUCCUUGUGGUCAUCUUGACGGUCAUCUACCAUGCCUAUUGGCUUGAAAUGGUGCUCUUCUACCGUGCACACUUUGGGACAGAUGAAACCAUCCUGGAUGGGAAGGAGUAUGACAUUUACGUAUCCUAUGCGAGGAAUGCUGAGGAGGAAGAGUUUGUGCUGCUGACGCUGCGGGGAGUUUUGGAGAAUGAGUUUGGCUACAAGCUGUGCAUUUUUGACAGAGACAGCCUCCCCGGGGGAAUUGUCACGGAUGAGACGCUGAGCUUCAUUCAGAGAAGCCGCCGCCUGUUGGUAGUGCUGAGCCCCAACUAUGUCCUCCAGGGCACGCAGGCUCUGCUGGAGCUGAAGGCUGGCCUGGAGGACAUGGCCUCCAGGGGCACCAUCAAGGUGAUCCUUGUCCAGUACAGAGCUGUCAAGAGGAGCAAAGUCAAGGAGCUGCGGCAAGCGAAAGCCGCCCUCACCGUCAUUAAGUGGAAAGGCGAGAAGUCGAGUUACCCCCGGGGAAGGUUCUGGAAGCGGCUGCUGGUGGAAAUGCCCAUCAAGAGCAGGCCCAAGAGUGUGGUGAAGGUGGACAAGAGCAAGUCCUCCUUACCUUCUCUGAAAGAUGUCUGAGAAACUGGGAUGGAGGCUUGGAGAUUUUGGAGGCUCAGUUUGACUCCCUGAUUUAGCACAACUCAGUUGGACAUUGUGGGUUACUUGAGGUCCCACUUCAUUGUUGAUCUACCUACAAAGCCAAAUACACACACACACACACACACACUGUCCCACUUGUUGAGGAAUAGACAGGUCCUUCCAAGUAGAAGGAAAUGCUAGGCUGAUGAUGGCUUAUGUUUACAAAAUCAGGUUUGAAGACCAACUAUCACCCCAAACCUGGGGUGUUCCUGAUGGGUUGGACUACACAUCCCCAGCCAGCAUAGCCUGCUGAGAAUUUAUGGGUAGUGUAGUCUAACCCAUUAGGAGGGUCCGAGGUUGAAGAGGUAGCUAUCUUAUUUCAUAAUUUUACUUUCCAAUCAUCUCCACAGCCCAAGAGAUUCAUUGUGGGAAAGGUUAAGGCCUCUUUUUGAACCCAGAGCACAGAACUGGGAAGAAACUUCGCCUCCUUUUCACCACCAUCCUCCUAAAUAGAGGAUAAGGCUUACUCACCAUUUCCACCUGAUUAAGCCAGACCAGUAUAGGUCAGAGGCACACCAUUGGAGCUGUGAUCUCUGUCAAGAGUAGUAUAUCUAAACAACACCAGAACACUGGCAAAUUGUAGUGGUAAGGUCAAGUAGUAAAAUGCAAUGCAGUCAGUGUUAUAGAUCAGCUGAGAAGUUUCAUGUUGAAGACCAAAAGAUAGGUAAAAAUCGCAUGCAUUCUCCAAAAAUGUUAGCCAAUGAAGAAGGUCAUCAAUUACUAAAUCUACAGGGUUACACCAUUGUUCUUGGGAAUCCAGCGAGUUCUUGGUACUGCUGGUAGUUCCCAUGAGUUCACUGUGUACUCUCAUUAUCCACCAUACCAAAUCACAUCUGAUCUUAUUGUCAUAAGUCAGCACAACAACAACGGAGAAGAAACUCAGGGAUCACACCUGGAAAAUAAUGGUACCUUGUAUCUACCAAACUGUGUAAGCUGAACUACAGCUGUCUUAGUAGAAGCUGGGAAACUUGGUUUGUGUUUAUGGAAAGCGUAUCUCCAUCCCUUAGCUUUGCCAAAGAACUCUUCCUUGGAGUCUAUUAUCAUCUGCUAGCCAAGUGGUUAUAGGUUGCUGGAGAGGUGCAACCAGUCUUUCUGGAGAUACAAGGCUCAGUAUGGAAGAGUUCCUCUCAGGUCCCCCAGGUGCCUGGGUGCAUCCAGUGUCAUCCAUUGAUGAAUGCUGUCUAUCCUCAUGUGAUUUUCAACCCCAGAACAUUAUGACUGAACAAGAUCCAUGGCCCAGAGCUUCAAGUACCACGUGGAGUUACUGGCAAAGUUUCUGUUGCACUGUAGCCUGACAGAACAGGAGAAACUAUGCAGCCUUCCAAAUAUUGUUGGGUGUUGCAAAUACUGUACCAGCAUUCCUCCUCAUUAGCUGUGCUGGCUAGAGAGUGAAACCUAACAAAAUCUGGAGGACCACAGGAUUCUCAACCCAUAACAGCAAGUCCUUGUCUUUCGAGUAGUUGACUGGAAUCCUGUUAGUGUCUGCCACAAGAGCAAAGUUCUCCCUUCAGAAGCAUUUGGACCUUUUUGUCCGGUGCGCAACAUCUGCAUACAGUUCUAGGUCAUGGAGCUGAGCAUGUGGUUCUAUUGUGCAUACGGAUGUGUGUGCACAUGUCAAUAGGCAGGUGCAUUCGGUUGUGUUGCCAUUCAACACAAGGGUUCUGUGGGAUAAUAACUGGGAAAUUCCAUGUGUGUGGAUUUACGCUACACAACUCUGAUGUUGGAUUUUAGCCAUUAGCUGCAGUUAGCUUUCAGUUCAAGGCUAUGGGCUGCCAAUAUACAAGAUGUUGGUGGUGGGUUUUUUUAUAUUUUAGAGUUCAGUGUUAUUUCUUAAAUCAAAAGCUUUUACAGUGCCAAGAAGGUAAAUCUGAGACUUCCAGGUUUAUAUGGAACACUUAGUGGUGACCGGUUAAAAGGCCCUGCUGCUUGAAGUGUGUAUAUUCUCAGAUCAGAUGCAACACUUUUAUUCCCCACCAUUGCACAGUUGUGCCUUAACUACUUUUCACAUCUCCACCAUCUGCUGUAUUCCUAGACCCUGAUAACACUCCUCUGACCCUUGAUUGCAAAUGAAGCAACAGGGGCAGGGAGAGUCUUGUGUUUUAAAGUCCAAGGCUGCAUCUACACUGAAGAAUUAAUGCAGCUUGAGCCUGCUUUACCUCUUAUGUCUCCAUCUAUCCUGUGGAAGCCUGGAAUUUGUAGUGUGUUGUGGCCCCAGAGUGCUCUGGCAGAAAGGGCUAAUUAUCUCACAAAAUGAUAAAUCCCAGGAUUUCACAGCAUUGAGCCAUUGCAAUUAAAGCGGUGUCAUACUGCAUUAAUUUUGCAGUGUAGACGCAGCCAAAGUCUCCGAUCACUUCUGGACUAACCAGGGGGAAUAGGUGUGGUCCAUAAGGAUUCUGGGAAGGGUUGGGAAUGGGAAAGGACUGAUACAAAAGCUGAGACUAUGGGUUCUUUCCUUGUCACCAAUUCAUCUGGCGUUUGUUCAUUUGUUUGAUAACAAGGGACUCAUUUUUCCUCCACCAUUUUUCUGCCUUUGUUUCAUAUCGUCCACUUUGAAAAAAGAUAAUAUCCUGUUGUGAUGCUUGUUUGUUUUUAAUUUUGCAUUUUUAAUAAAAUAUUUGUUUUGAUAUA